UGGCGUCAGGCUUGUUGUUAGGGAGGUUGUCAGGGGCAGCGCUCCACAGCCCAGCUAGCUAAUAGGAGCUUAUGAGUCUCAGGCAACGAUGUCACAUUUAUUAAUUUAAGAAAACGACUGGCGGCUUGCACCAUUUUCCCGUUCAUAGCUGUUUUACUUAUUUGCCUAAAAACAUGAAUGACAGCGACGGCGUUUGUAGAAAAGACCAGACUUUCGCAGGGAUGUUUGUCCCUUGGCUAGCUUAAUUUUUGGCUAACGUUAUCAGGCAGUCGUAAAGUGAUAGAUAUUGACGUUACAUAGUAAUUGACAGGCGUUUCCAGGUUUACGCUUCGGUUUAUUUACAGUUGUUUUAGUGAGAUAAAAUGGAAGACACUGAAGAAAAUGUAAUGGAGCAGGAAGAACCGCUCGUCAGCGGCAAGAAAGCAUCUUCCACUCGUCGCUCCACUCGACUCAACAUCCAGAGGAGUAGUGUCUGCUCUCGGGCUUAUUUCGUCGUGGUCAUGGUCUUCUUCCAUGUGUAUAUCCUGAAUGUCAUCGCCCUGCUGCUCUACGUGCACUACAAUAACGGUGCCGGGGAUCUGGUGAGCGGAGACACGGCCUCGUCAGCAGCAGUGAGCCAGGGUGGCAGCUCUCUGCCCCGUCCCUCUGCUCCAGCUGCCAGGCAGCUACAUGUGGAGGAGCACAGUCAAACUUUCAGUCUGUCUCGUAUUGAGGGAAUACGGGUGGGACAUGUUCAGCACGUUUCCUUGGUGCCGGGCAGAACACAUGCAAUGGUGACGCUAAGCUUGAAACCGCUUCUAUUUGAGAUCCCUGGCUUCCUGUCAGAGGAGGAGUGUCGCGUUGUGGUGCAACUCGCUCAACUCAAGGGUCUGAUGGAGAGCCAGACUCCAUCACCCAGCCCGGGAAGAGAGGACUCAAACCAGCCGUUACUUUCUAUCAGCACAGAGGAGGUUUUCAGUCUGUUGGACCUGAACCAGGACGGGCUACUGCAGAAGCAGGAGAUUGUGAGUCACUCACGUUCUCGGGAUGGAACUUGGUUGAGCCCAGACAACUUGCGGCAGAUACUCACUGGUCUGGAGGUUCGUCCAACAGGUUUUCUGACCUUGGAGGACUUUAGGCAUGUUUAUGAUGUGUCACAAGGCCCGGGACAGCAACGAAGUGGGAAACUCCAGAGUCACUUCAAACAGAGAAGCAAACACACGUGGCUUUACCAAGGAUCAGGAUCUCACCACGUACUGCAAACACUCAGGAACAGAGUGAUCACUCUGACACGUUUGCCCUCUACAUUGGUGGAACUGAGUGAGCCUCUGCAGGUGAUUCGCUAUGAACAGGGAGACUUCAGUGACGCCCACCAUGACAGCAGCCAUUCUCAUUUAGAGACGAGCUGCGCGCACACACGCCUGGCGGGAAACACGUCUGCGCUCACAGAGGUCUCCUGCAGGUAUCUUACUGUGUUGUUCUACCUCAGCUCUGCAGAGGAAGGUGGAGAGACAACCUUCCCUGUGGCAGACAAUCGUACCUAUGACGAGCAGGCAUUGGUCCAGGAUGGAGUUGACCUGACCGACACACAGGAGACGUGUGGCAGGGGGAACGUGAGAAUAAAACCUUCUCCUGGGACAGCACUUCUCUGGUACAACCACCUGUCUGAUGGAAGAGGUUGGAUAGGUGAGCUGGAUGAAUAUUCCCUGCACGGCGACUGCCCGGUCAGGCGUGGGGUAAAGUGGGCGGCCAACAGCUGGGUCAAUGUGGACCCAGACCAUCAGAUACAGGCACGCUACCAGAGACUUGUUGCUCAGAGGCAUCAAGCUAAGUCGGUUAUGGAGGAGCAUUACCAACCUCUCUCACACAGUGACCUCCACCAGGAUCUAUAGUCUAUAGGCUAUCCUGUCCUGUAUGUAUGAAGCUGGUGAGGCCUGAAAGAUGUUUUAUAAAUUAAAAUUGCACAAGAUAAAAUAGGAUUUUCUACUUUCAGUAAAUUUGGUAUUGUAUUUUAUUUUGCGGAAGCCUCUGCUUAAGAAAUUCUCAUUUAUUAAAGCUACAGUAGGCAGGAUCAUUCAACAGAUAGUUUCAUCCACAGGUUGUGAAAAUACUCACAUUUUGGAUGACAGAUCUAUGUCCUGAGCUCCUCUCAUUUGACUUUCUGACAAUAUUUCUUGCCUUUAGGUCAUAUUUACCACAUCCUCAUGUCCAUAGAGUCUGUCUUAGUCCUUGUGACGUAAUAUUGUCUUUUGUCCCACGUCCACGGUGGAACUGGAUCAUGGGAGAACAUUUUACUGGAUCACCAAAGACCCAGAGGACUGCUAUAAAACACAAUCCAUGACAGUGAAGAUUGCAUCCACAUUCACAGCUUCGAGGUUGGCAUUUUAGGGGAAAGUAACUUGCAUUGAAAGCGUGUUAUUGGUGUGAAAGGGUGUGACAUUUUAUUCUAUUGCACAAAGUAGAGUCACGAUCGUAAGUCACGUUUUUUUCUCAACUGUAAGCUGUGAAUCUGGAUACCAGCCUCAGUGUUGUUACAGACCCCAUUGCUAAUUAACUUCAAUAUCUUGUUUAUUUGACAUGCUUUUAUUGUGAUAUCUGAGCAUUCUCUGGAGUAGAAUGAGGGAAAAGUUCAUCAGAAAGUGCACAAUGUUGGAAUAAUGUCCGCCCUGGCUGUUUCCACGCCGGUGAAAAGCAGCCUGGGUUAUUUUAAGGAUCAGAUAUUCAGUCUGUCUGGUUCUGUGAUAUAUUGCUCAAUCUCUGUGGAUUUGAAGUGUUCAGUGAACUCUUAGGCUGCAUUCACACCAGCUCCUUCUUAAUCGGACCUUAGUUUGUUUGCUCAGAAAGUUCCGGUUCCCGACUUAAAAUAAACAACAAUGUUUUUAAACAAAUUAGCAGGAUUCGCCCGCACAGUAGAGCAGUUAAAAAACGACACCAACAUUGCAUAAAAAUAUGUGACAUGCAUAGAAGAAGCGGCAGUUCAGGAGACAAAAAGGAUGAAGAAAUAGACGUCAUUCUCCUUUAAUAAUAAUAUGUUAUUCUUAAGGUUCAGUUCGUUUCACUUAAGUGCAGCAGUGUGAAAGCAAACCCAAUUGAACCCCACACUGUUGCCAUUCAUUAUUAUGGAUUUGUUGAUCAAUAACACCAAAAAACAACGUCAAACAUCAGUCGUUCACAUUUGGGAACAUUUUUAAUACAAAUGUUAUCGAUGCAUUGGCCUCUUCUUACUUUAUAGAAAAUGCAGUAGUUGUAGAUAUAUAUGAAUUCUCUAUUACAGUGAAUUGAGCCUUAAACGUAUGACUUCAGAAUAACAUAUCUGUGGAUGCUUGAAUGUGAUUUUGGGGACAGAGAUUGCAGUUAUGUAAAAGAUAAGCUUGCUUACCUGCCCUUUCAUUUCACUUCAGACAUCUGUCAUGUCAGUGGUAUUUACUGUUGGAGAGUUAAAGCUUGUUCUCUGUUUGUUCUGUUGUUUCCGGUUCUUGAGCUUUUAUUAUGAAAUGUUGUUUAGCAUAAAUACAGGACUUUUUCUAAACUGGACUUAAAUGAUGAUCUGUCAGUCACGCUGGCUGUGGGAGGCCAGUCCCUCAGGUGUAUUUCAAAAUGAGUUAUUUUCUAUUUCAAUCUUCUGUACUUCUGAUCCUCACGUGUCACUCAUAUUUAAUUGUCUGAAAGUAUUUAUUGUAAUUUAUUAUUUAUUAUUUAUUUACACCAUUUGGUGAUCUUGAAAUGAAGGCAAGGAGUAUUUAUUAUGGCUUGAUGUUGCACUGAAUUUGUCACUAUUUGUGUUCUAUGAUAUGAAAUGUAUAAAGUGUUUUAUUAUCAGUG